GGCGGGCGGCAGCAUGGAGGCUCAGGAGCUGUUUCGGCGCUUGGGGGCCGGUGCCCGCUUUGACGUGCGGCGUUUUGGGGGAGAUGCGCGGCGAUUUGGGGUGCGGUACUGCCGGGGGGGAAGUCUAAGAGGGAGGUGAUGAAAGGGAGCGGCGGCAGCGUCUCGCUGGAGAGCCUCGACUUCUUCGGGCGCAAGGAGGGAGCCCCCCCGGGGUCUGCCGAAGAGAGCUGGAGGCUGGCAGGGGCUGGCGAGGAGCAGGAGAAGGAGGAUGGAGCAGGGGAUGAGGACGGAGGGGUGGCAGGGAAGAGAAAAAGGACCGCAGAAAGCAGCAAUGGGAAAAGGAAAAAGAAAAAGACACGAGAAGCAGCGUCACUGCUGGAAUUGUCAGGAAGCAACGGAAUAAGGUGGAUGUCCUCUCUGGAAGCAAAAUUGGAAGAUGCCAAAGACAAAAAACCUACUGCAGAAAAACUGGAACGCUUGCGAAGACAGAAGAUAAACCACUUCAGAAACCAACACAGGAUCAGUGUCCAAGGAACAGAUCUUCCCGACCCAAUUGCCACUUUUGAGCAACUUCAAAAUGAAUACAAAAUCCACCCUAAAAUAUUGGAGAACAUUCAAGCUGCUGGUUUCCGGGUCCCGACACCAAUCCAGAUGCAGGCUAUUCCUGUCAUGCUUCACGGUCGGGAACUUCUAGCUUCAGCUCCUACUGGGUCUGGAAAAACCCUGGCGUUUUGUAUUCCUCUCUUAGUACAUCUGAAACAACCCAGGAACAAAGGCUUCCGAGCUGUGAUCAUAUCACCAACCCGAGAGCUCGCUAGCCAGACGCAUCGGGAGCUGGUGAAGUUGGCCGAGGGGACAGGCUUCAGAAUACAUAUGAUCCACAAGGCAGCUGAAGCAGCAAAGAAGUUUGGCCCCAAGUCUUCUAAGAAGUUUGAUAUACUAGUUACUACUCCGAACAGACUCAUUUAUUUGCUGAAACAAGAUCCUCCAGCAAUAGACUUGACCAGCGUGGAGUGGCUGGUGGUGGAUGAAUCAGACAAGCUGUUUGAGGAUGGGAAGUCGGGGUUCCGGGAUCAGCUGGCUUCCAUCUUCCUGGCAUGCACCUCCCACGUGGUGAGAAGAGCCUUGUUCAGUGCAACCUUCGCGCAUGAUGUAGAGGAGUGGUGUAAACUCAACCUGGACAGCGUCGUGCUGGUGUCCGUUGGAGCAAGAAACUCUGCAGCAGAGACAGUAGAACAAGAGCUGCUGUUCGUUGGAUCUGAGACAGGAAAACUAACGGCAAUGAGAGAGCUCAUUAAAAAGGGUUUUGCUCCUCCGGUCCUUGUUUUUGUACAGUCUAUUGAGAGGGCCAAAGAGCUUUUCCAUGAACUUAUUUACGAAGGCAUCAAUGUGGAUGUCAUCCACGCAGACAAAACUCAGCAACAGAGAGAUAACGUAGUACAGAGUUUCAGAGCUGGGAAGAUCUGGGUGCUCAUCUGCUCGGCCUUACUAGCUCGAGGGAUUGACUUCAAAGGGGUGAAUAUGGUCAUCAAUUACGAUUUGCCAACAAGCGCGGUGGAAUACAUCCACAGGAUAGGUCGCACUGGAAGAGCAGGACACACAGGAAAAGCAGUCACUUUCUUUACAGAAGAUGAUAAACCUUUAUUACGGAGUAUUGCCAAUGUUAUCCAGCGAGCUGGCUGUCCCGUGCCCGACUACAUAAAACACCUUCCCAAACUGCAGAGCAAACAAAAGAAGAAAUUCAUUAAGAAACCAUUGAAAAGAGAAUCCAUUCGUACCACCCCCGAGUGCUUCUUAAAAAAAGGCAAAAGAAAAACGAAAACAACGAAAGAAAAUAUUAAGGAAAAAAAGAAAGUUAAAGAAGAUAAAAAUGGCAGUAAUUUACAGACUGUUCCAAAAAGCUGAACAGGCUGCUGGUGAGCUGGGGCUGACACCUACAUCUGUGCUGAAGAACAGAAGAAUGAAAAUAAUGGCGAAGGGGGCAAAGUAUUUCUUAUGUUUCCUUCUGGGUGAGGAUGGACGUUUACAUGCAAGAAAGUCUCUACCAAAAUACCAGUAGCAGGGAUCCCUGAAUGCUUCUUAUAGAAGCUGAAGAGUGUGCUCUUGCAGUAAAUGCCUUGUGUUUCUGAACAAUAGUUCAAAAAUAGCAUCCGUUUGUGUUGCUAUCAUGCAGUUUUAUAUUACUCCUUGGAAAUCCUGUCAGUUCUGUGUUAAGAUCAUCCCUAAUGUGUUUGUCAGACUUCCAGAAGAUUCAGUGGCAGAAAACACACAAAUCUUGCUGUUAGGCUUGACUUCCCUGGACACAUUAAAAGAAAACCACAAAUCCA